CACGCGGCGCUGCAUUCGGUGUCGUGACUCUGCGUUUGUGCAAGGCGGUAGUGGUUUGUUUUUCCACGGAGCAUCUGCUUUAUGAAAGAAUUUAUCAUAGAAAAGGAUAUUUUUCAUCGCAAAGAUGUUUUUAACGCGCUCAGAGUACGACCGUGGUGUCAACACGUUUUCACCGGAAGGCAGACUCUUUCAAGUCGAAUAUGCAAUGGAGGCUAUUAAGCUUGGUUGGACUGCAAUUGGUAUUUGUACAUCCGAAGGAGUAGUUCUAGCUGUAGAAAAACGUACAACGUCGUUUUUGAUGGAACCAACAAUGGUGGAAAAAAUAGUCGAAGUAGACAAGCAUAUUGGUUGUGUAUCAUCCGGUCUUAUGGCAGAUUCAAGAACAAUGAUCGAUAGAGCAAGAGUAGAAUGUCAGAACCACUGGUUUACUUAUAAUGAAAAAAUGUCGGUUGAAUCUACGAUUCAAGCAGUAUCGAAUUUAGCUAUUCAAUUUGGUGAUAGCGAUAAUGAUGGAAGUGCCAUGUCUAGGCCAUUUGGUGUAGCGCUUUUAUUUGCUGGCAUUGAUGAAAAAGGACCUCAAUUAUUUCAUAUGGAUCCUUCCGGUACUUUUGUUCAAUUUGAUGCUAAAGCUAUUGGAUCUGGAAGUGAAGGAGCACAGCAAUCGCUUCAAGAGGUUUAUCAUAAGUCAAUGACACUGAAGGAAGCAACAAAGGCAGCUCUAAAAAUAUUAAAGCAAGUGAUGGAAGAGAAACUUAACGAUACAAAUAUUGAAGUAAUGUCUAUGACUCCAGAAACGAAGUUUCACAUUUUCACAAAGGAAGAAUUACAAGAGGUAAUUGGAAACCUGCCUGAAUCCAGAGAUGUAUCCUUGAAGUCUCGAUCCAAUAUUUCACGCCCAUCCAUUAGAACAUCAGUAUCUGUCAAAAGCUGAAGAUAAUCCUUAAAUCCUUGAACAACUUCCAAAAAUAAGUUUUCAUUUAUUCAUCAUUUUUUUAUUUUAAUUUUUCACAAC